UGUAAAUCGUGUAAACCACCUAGACUGAUUUAGCUAUUUCAAAACAUCCAAAAAGAAUAAAUAUAUAUUUUCUGAGCCCUAAAUUAAAAUAAAUUUCGAGAACACUUUGGAUUUGAGCACUCGUUUAAGAUUCCGGAAAUGGAAUUAUGAACAGAUGUCAAACCAAGCCACACGCGGCACACUAUGGAGUUAGCAGAAAGAGUAUAGGCUCUGAAAAUCACUGCCAUGCAAGAGAGAAGAGGCAAAUGGCAAUCAAAGCGUGUUGAUUGACAAUUGUGACAAAAAUGCUCAGCCUCAACCAAGUUGCGUGAAUCAACUGGCACUGCACUGAGGUGAUCGAGGUCGAUCUCCAUCUAUAUGAUCCCAAAUUGCUCACUCCAUUUUCUGCAUAACCAAACACAAACUAAGAUCAGGAAAAGAAUGGGUUUGCCUUCCAAGCCAAAACCCAUGUCUUUAAUGUCGUUUCUCUGUGCAAUUCUCUUCGUUUUGAUCAUCUGCUUGUCAACCCCAUUUGCGGUUGGCGAUGACACGCCCUCGGCUUACGAAGUUCUUCAAGACAACGACUUUCCGGUCGGCCUUCUCCCCAGAGGGGUGACCGGCUACGAAAUAAACAAAAAAACAGGGGAUUUCUCUGCGUACUUCAAUGGAAGCUGUAGCUUUUCCCUUGAAAAUUCAUAUCAGCUCAAGUAUGAGUCCACCAUAAAGGGCGUGAUAUCCAAAGACAGGAUCAAGAAUUUGAAGGGUGUGAGUGUCAAGGUGCUUUUGCUGUGGCUCGACAUUAUGGAAGUGGUUCGCGACGGCGACGAGCUCCAGUUCUCUGUGGGAAUUGCUUCGGCUGACUUUCCGGUGGAGAAUUUUGUGGAGUGUCCGCACUGUGGGUAUGGAUUGGACUCUAUCAAAUCCAAUGAUUUUCUGUCUUCUUUUUAGGCGAGAAAAUACAUUAAGGAGAGGCCAGUUUCACAUCAACAGCUUGUAUGUGUGCGACUGAUCAUGUACUCUAAAAAUGCUUAGUUUUUAUAAUUUAUGGUCUUUUCUUUUU